AGGGAGGAGGAGGAGAAGAAGAAGAAAGGGAAGAAGGGAAAGGGGAAAAGGAAAAGGGACAGGGACGUGCAUUGGCGCCUGGCGGGGGCUGCCGCCGCCCGCUCUCUCAUGGAGCACGAAGACUGUCCCGAGCUGGUCCCGAUAGACGCCGGCGGCGCGGGGGAGACCGAGUCCGGCCCCAGCAGGAAGAUUCCCGUGACGAUCAUCACCGGAUACUUGGGAGCUGGGAAAACAACUCUUCUAAAUUACAUACUGACAGAACAGCAUAAUAAAAGAAUAGCAGUUAUCCUGAAUGAGUUUGGAGAAGGCAGUGCCUUGGAGAAAUCCCUGUCAGUCAGUCAAGGGGGAGAACUCUAUGAAGAAUGGCUGGAGCUCAGAAAUGGCUGUCUGUGCUGUUCAGUAAAGGACAGUGGUGUGAAGGCUAUUGAGAACCUGAUGAAAAGGAGGGGAAAAUUUGACUAUAUAUUGUUAGAAACAACUGGUUUGGCAGAUCCAGGAGCUGUGGCCUCCAUGUUCUGGGUUGAUUCUGAGCUGGGAAGUGACAUCUAUCUUGAUGGUAUUGUAUCUGUUGUUGAUGCAAAACAUGGAUUGCAGCACUUGACAGAGGAAAAGCCAGAAGGCCUUGUCAAUGAAGCAUCUCGGCAAGUUGCAUUAGCUGAUCUUAUAAUCAUCAAUAAAACAGAUUUGGUUUCAGGGGAAGAAUUGCAUAAAGUCAGAACAUCUGUCAGGUCUAUAAAUGGACUUGUUAAAAUUGUGGAAACACAAAGAUCAAGAGUUGAUCUUUCUGAUGUCUUGGACCUGCAUGCUUUUGACAGUUUAUCUGGAAUAAGUUUGCAGAAAAAGCUUGAGAUUGUAAAGACAACACACGGACAUCUAGAUAAGGGUAUAAUUACAGUAACAUUUGAAGUUCCAGGAAGUAUAAAAGAAGAAAACUUAAAUCUCUUUAUUCAGAAUCUUUUGUGGGAGAAGAAUGUGAAAGAUAAGUCUGGGUGCACUAUGGACGUCAUAAGACUGAAGGGCCUGGUAUCUAUUCAAGGCAAAUCUCAUCAGGUGAUAGUCCAAGGUGUCCAUGAGCUGUAUGAUCUGGAAGAGACUGUGGUAGCCUGGGAAGAAGAUGAAAAGAGAACAAAUAGACUGGUACUAAUAGGUAGGAACUUGGAUAAGAAGACCAUCAAAGAAGUAUUCAUAGCCACUGUGAGAGAAACAAGGGAACAGUUGACAUCAACCUACAGAAAAGAUGAAAUGUAUAUGCUUAACCCUGCAAGCUUUUUGUGACAGAAAAGAUUGAAUGACAUGCAGUAUAGUAAUUUCUUUUUCCUUUUGUGUUUUACACAACAGUUAAACCAUAGAAUCACAGAAUCACAGAACAGUUUGGUUUUGAAGGGACCUUAAAGA